GGCAUGCCUUAAAAUUAAACAUCAGUGACCUGAGCAGGCUUAUAAAAUAAGCUUGGGAGAAGUCAGUCACCAAGACAGGGCAUCUCAGAGUGGAUGAUUUUGCGUGUGGAAACUGCUUUCACCUCGAUAAAAAAGGUCCGUCUCCAGCCUCCCAGCCCAAAGAUGGUGCCAGCGCUGCUGCUGCUUCUCCCUGCCCUGGCUGGCCUCUUUGGAGCAGCUGAGGGACAAGCUUUCCAUCUCGGGAAAUGCCCCAAUCCUCCGGUGCAGGAGAAUUUUGACGUGAAUAAGUAUCUUGGAAGAUGGUAUGAAAUUGAGAAGAUCCCAGUGAGCUUUGAGAAGGGAAGUUGCAUUCAAGCCAACUACUCAUUAAAGGAAAAUGGAAACGUCAAAGUGAUAAACAAGGAGCUGAGAGCUGAUGGAACUGUGAAUCAAAUUGAAGGUGAAGCCACCCAGGAGAACAUCACAGAGCCUGCCAAGUUGGGAGUUAAGUUUUUCUGGUUCAUGCCGUCAGCUCCAUACUGGGUCCUGGCCACCGACUAUGAAAACUACGCCCUCGUGUACUCCUGUACCACAAUCAUCUGGCUUUUUCACAUGGAUCAUGUUUGGAUCCUGGGAAGAAACCCUUAUCUCCCUCCAGAAACGGUGACCUAUCUCAAAGAUAUCCUGACCUCUAAUAACAUUGAAGUUGAGAAAAUGACGAUCACAGAUCAGGUGAACUGUCCCGAGUCCAUGUAACCAGGCUCUAAAGGGAGCUGCAUUCACUCCAUGUUCCUUCUCUUGCUUUGCUUUCCCCUAUACCAACCCUCAUAAAGACAGACCAAACCACCAGAGCAAACUAUUACACCUACCAGAAGGGAAACGUGGCAGCAGAAGCUAAUGGAGAAGAACCGAAGGCAAGUUGGCCCAAACAUUUAGCCAUGCACCAUUCUGUUACCUUGCGUGUCUGAUAAUAAACUUGCUGCUGACCUGCUGUGCUCACA